UCCGAAUAUUUCCAAACUCCAACUGUAAAUGCGACGGGAAGACAUUUAUUUUAAUUUUUGCUACGCGCUGUGAACAUUUGAUGUAGCGAGUUUGUCAUAACUGUCUCUAUUUUGAUAUUUAGGCAUUUCUAUUCAUGGCGUCUCAUUAUCUUGUGCAUAUUACUAUGUGCAGGUAUUUGCAAUGCUAUUAGGUAGGACGACCGAGCACAGUACUUCACAGUUUCUGCAGUGUAACUGGUAGGGAACGAGAUGGUCUGAGAGUAGUUUUGGUCAUGUAACGCGGUUUUUAUUGCCUACUGAUAACAUACUGUUAAUUAACAGUAAAUGAGCGGCACUUACGAGCGCAGCACACGUACAGCCAGCACCGACAGCUGAGCAGCGAGACUCUGCAGGCUCCUCAACAAACUGUUCGCUAUAUGCAUCACGAGCACGAUCAUGCUGCCUGCAACUACACUAUUGGUGGUCAUCGGGUCCCUGUCCAUAGCACUCAGUGUGGAAAUAGUGAAUAAGCGAAGUGGGGAGCACCUGAUCAGCCUGCGGGACUACGACUUCGUGGGCGAGGACGCGCGGCUGGCGCGGGCGCUGACGGCGCGGCUCGCGGUGCUGCAGGCGCCGCUGCAAGCGCAGCCGCCGCCGCCGCCGCCGCCGCGCCGCCCGCCCGCGCCGCCGCUGCGCCGCGACCUGCUGCCGCUCAGUCUGCGCGGAUACCCCAGGCAACCUUCCUUCACUUCCUCAUACUAUUCUCUUCAUAUUAGCAACCAAAAAAAUGCGGGACAAUUAGAGACUACUAGAUUCUUUGGAGCCAUCGCUCGUUAUGAUAAUAAAAAUAACUGCACAGGGUGAACGUGAGCCUGGACUAUGGCGAGCUCCCCGCGGCCGACCUGAGCCUCGAGGCCAACUCGUUGUGGCCGGCACCCCCCGGGCUGGAGCCCCCCGGGCCGGAGUCCACCGGGCCGGCGUCCCGGGUCGGCAACCUGAUCGCGAGCCGGCGGAAGCCUGGGUUCCAUGACCCCUCUUACAGACAGAACAACCUGAAGAUCUUGGAACUAAUGAGACAAAAAAUUUAUACUAUGCAAGAAAAACUCGUAGACCUCGAGCCCGUAAUAAAGAAAUACGAGGGCGACCCGCGGUUCCGCAUGGCGUACAUCUUCCGGCAGCUGGACGACUGGCUGAAGAGCCUGCGCGGCCUGUACUUCGCCAUGUCCAAGUGGAGCAACACCGCCGAGAACCGCUUCAAGCGGCGCAUCUGGAGCUACGAGCACGCUGCGCGCAACAUCGACGUCACGUACACCGUGGACUACCUGGCGCACGUGCACGCCACCUACAUCAAGCAGAUGGAGGACAUCAUGCCCGCCGCGCAGCGCGAGGAGAUGCAGAAGGAGCGCGAAAGAAUGUUGAGCUGCAGGAGAAGAACAAGCAAGCAGGCUGACCACCACCAUGCUGCUCAUUCUAACCUUACAAUGUAACUAUUUUACAAUAUCUAUUCAUUGGCGUUUCCUUAUUAAAUAUUACUAGCGGCAAAAUUAUGUACAUUUUGAUUAUGAUUUUGGUUUCAUUAGAAUGGUGCUAUCAAAAAUAAAAACGGGCCAAGUGCGAGUCGGACUCACGCACGAAGGGUUCCGUACAAUUAUUUAAGAUCACGUUUGUUGUAUGGGAACCCCCCAAAAUAAUUGUUUUAUUCUAGUUUUCAGUAUUUGUUGUUAUAGCGGCAACAGAAAUACAUCAUCUGGGAAAAUUUAAACUCUCUAACUAUGACGGUUCAUGAGAUACAGCCUUGUGACUGACGGACGGACGGACAGAGGAGCGAAAACAAUAGGAUUUCGUUUUACCCUUUGGGUACUGAACCCUCAAAACGACUUCCAAAAACACAAAAAGAAGCCAGUAAGUCUGUCACUAGUGACAGGUUGAAGAGGUCAGAUAGGCAGUCGCUCCUCGUAAAGAGCUGGUACUCAGCUGCAUCCGGUUAGACUUAAAGCCGACCCCAACAUAGUUGGGAAAAGGUUCGGGAGAUGAUGACUCGGAUUUAACAAUAAAAAAAAGCUUUUUAAAGCUUUUUUGGAAAAGGCUAUAGUUAGGCGAAUGACAACCUCCUUCGAUGACUAAUCAAUUAAUGUCUUUGUUAUUCAAGCCCAGAAGUAAGAACAUGAAGUGAAAUAAAUGUUUACAUUGCACUUAACAGUAUAAACGCGAGACACAUACUAAGGGACAAAAAUCUGUGAGUUUUAUACUGGGUUUGCCAAUUGUUUGCUGACGUACGAACCGAGCUUUGUAGCUUGGAAAACCGCGCAAAACGCGCCACCAGUGUGAAAGAGCUUUUAGCGAUCUAUAAAAAUAAAAUUCACGGUAAGGAGACCUUAACAUAUUUAUUUACAGUACAUCGUACAUGCAUCGCAUCGACGCGAAUCAAUCACCGGAACAAGUCUUUCUUUAUAUUAUAAUGUGUUGACUGCCUCGUUGUUCCAGCUGUCGCAAGUGCGGCUGCUGAGCACGAGGUCUCGAGUUUGAUUCCCGAGUCGGGCCGAAAU